AUGAAGCCAGUGUACCAGCUGCGGUUGUCCUACUUGGCGGCCACCGUGCUGGUAGUGGUGGUGAUCAUAAACAUGGCGGAGCAAGUGACAUCACAGCCAACUGACAUAAAUAGCACAAUCAUGGGAUAUUAUUGUAGUCAAUACAAAGGUAUGAACGGAAACUAUUUCUUGAGCAACCUUAACACCACCAUUUCUAGCCUUCGCCAGCAGAUAUCCGUCACCAAGUUUGCUGCAGCUCGCACUUUGUUCAACGGCGAGUCUGUAUGGGGCCUCGCAUGGUGUAGAGGAUAUCUUUCCAUCCCAGAUUGUCUGGUUUGUUUCGACUAUGCUGUUAAUGCUCUAAAAGCAUGUGGCCUUGGUAAUGGUGCUCAUGUUUUUUACAGUGACUGCGAUGUCAGAUAUGAGAACAAUGAUUUCUACACCGAGGCUAAUAGUCGAGCUGGUGUUGUACGAUGUGAUGGCACACCAUCACCACAGACAACGGUGUUCAGAAAAGCAGCAGAAAAGCUGCUAUUAGACCUUCAAAUUGCUGCUCCAAGAACACCCGAUUACUAUGCGCUUUCUACAAGGAAAGAAGAUGGUGGUAAUGCUACAGUGUAUGCUAUUGCUCAGUGUAACCUGAAAGUAAGCCAGAGUGUUUGUCUAGAAUGCUUGCAGUUGAGAUCCAAGUCUCUAUAUGAUUGUCUUCCUACUACUUCAGCUGGUCGAGCAAUGGACAAUGGAUGCUUCAUGAGGUACUCCAGGACGCCAUUUUUUGGACAAAACCAGACAACUGAUAUUUCAUCUUUCCUUGGGGAUGAUGGAGAUUCAAACAAGAAGAGAUACAUAAUCGGGGGAGUUGUAGGAGGUGUAUGUUGUUUGUUGCUUAUACUUGCAUUUUUCUUAUGGUGUGGCAGAUCCAAAAAGAAAGGUAGAGGCCAACGAGAUAUGUCAACUGGAUCAACUGAUUUCCUUCAAGGCCCAUCUACAUAUAGCUACAGUGAUUUAAAGGAAGCCACUGAUAAUUUCAGUGAUGAGAACAAACUUGGAGGAGGGUUAUUUGGAGAAGUAUACAAGGGAACUCUCAAGGGUGGAGAUGCAGUUGCAAUUAAGAAAACAUUUAUGGCAUCCAGUAGCGGAAUGACAAACUUCAAUAAUGAACUUAAGAUCAUAAGUAACGUACAUCACAAACAUAUUGUACGUGUUCUUGGAUAUUGUACAAAAGGCCCCAACUUAUUUCUUAUCUAUGAGUACAUGGAAAAUGGAAGCCUUGAUCAAUACCUAUAUGGUGAUAAAAGAAGGAUUCUGAACUGGAAACAAAGGUUUGACAUAAUCUUUGGGAUAGCAAGGGGUCUUGCUUAUCUACAUGAACAGUAUCAUGUUACCCUAAUCCAUAGAGAUAUAAAAACCAGCAACAUUCUACUUGACAAUGAAUUUCAGCCAAAAAUAGCGGAUUGUGGUCUGAUAAGACUACUACCAGAUGAUAAGACUCAUGUCAGCACCAAAUUCGCAGGGUCCUUGAAUAGUGGUUAUGUAGCACCAGAAUAUGCCAUUCAUGGGAGAUUAUCAGAGAAAGUUGAUACGUACAGUUUUGGUAUAGUGGUCCUCGAAAUCAUUAGUGGAAAGAGGUAUAUGGAUGUCAUAGACGAUCAAUCAGUCACUCGAAACCUCCUUGAUCAUGCAUGGAAUCUAUUUGAGAGUGGCACACAAAUAAAUUUAAUGGAUAACAAACUAGACCCUAGUGAAUAUGAAACGGAAGAUGCAAUGAAAAUCAUCGAGAUAGCAUUAUUGUGUACUCAACCAACAGUUACAACUAGACCUGCGAUGUCUGAAGUGGUCACACUUUUAAGUGAGAAAACACUAGAGGAAAGAGAAAGACCACCAAUAAGGCCUACCAUUACCGAAGAUGAGGUAAAAAUUCAACUGGUUACAACCGAAUCCUCGGCCUCGAAUGCCACUGCCUCCAUUGUUCAUCUUUCAGGCCGUUAA